AUGUCUAAAAUCGCUGUGAAGACCACCUUCGAGGUGCACAAGACUAUACAGCCAAUAUACACCGGUGGAAGUGUCUCGCUUGAUGCCAGUGGCUGUCUGCUGGCAACGUGUAUAGGUGAAGAUGUCUUAGUAAUUGAUUUAGAAACAGGCGAGAGGUUGGCGCAGGUUGAAGGUACCUUAAAGGACGGAGAACUUAUCACUAGUAUAUCAAUAUCCCCGGAUGGAACCCACCUUGCUCUCUGCUCGAGAUCUCUCUCCAUGCGAAUAUAUACUCUUGAGCCUUCUGAGGACUCCGACGGUUCUAUGAAAGCAGAACUGCUUCGAUCACUUAAGCCACAUACAACGCCUGUUGUCACAACGACAAUUGACCCUACAAGCUCUCUUCUUGCGACAGGUAGCGCCGAUGGCUCAAUAAAAAUAUGGGAUCUCAGAAGGGGAUACGCAACGCACACAUUCCAUGGUCACGGAGGUGUGAUAUCAGCCUUGUGUUUCUUUGAGAUUGCAUUUGCGAAACUCAAUGAGAAACCAAAACCUAAGUUCAAAAAUAUACAGAACAAUGCGGAUGAACUGACUGAUUCCAUGGCAUCUGGUUUUCGCUUAGCAUCUGGCAGUGAGGACGGAAAAAUCCGAAUUUGGGGUCUGCACAAGCGAAAGUCAGUUGCGUCCCUGGACUCACAUGUAUCGGUGGUACGUAGUCUAUCCUUCUCGAAAUCGGAAAAUACGCUGCUAUCCGCAAGCAGAGAUAAAACGGUCAUUGUCUGGGAUGCGGGAACAUGGGGCUGCAAAAGGAUAAUACCUGUUCUCGAAAGCGUUGAAGCGGCAGGGUUUAUAUCCGAUGGUCCAUUAUGCUACACUGGUGGCGAGAACGGACGAUUAAGAAUAUGGCAUUCGAACAGGGGAAGUGAAGUCACACAAGAUCAGACUAUGGGUACUGAACAGGAGAGCGUUGUCACAAUUGAGUAUUCCCACGGAAUGCCAUUCAUACUUACUGUUCACGUCGACCAGUCUCUGAAACUUCAUUCUCUUGAACCUUUGACUCCAUUUAUGCAAGGGACCAAAAUUGAGCCUCUUCCGAUCACACGACAAAUUGCGGGUAACGACGAUGAAGUUAUCGAUAUAGCUUGUAUUGGCCGAGAUAGGUCUUUGCUCGCCCUAGCCACCAACUCAGAAUAUAUAAGGAUUAUUCGUGCCCAAUCUAUGAACGGGUCUGAGGGGCCACACAACCACUUUGGAGCCGACGUCGCUCGGCUAGAGGGCCAUGACGAAAUUAUAAUAUGUCUUGACGUCGAUUGGUCUGGAAAUUGGCUGGUAACAGGAGCUAAAGAUAAUAGCGCGCGAUUAUGGAGGAUAGACCCAGUCACCUCAUCCUUCACUUGCUUUGCAACUUUCACUGGUCAUGCCGAAUCUCUGGGAGCGAUUGCUUUCCCUCGAUCACCCCCCCCUGCAGGUACUCCUGCGUUUGAAGAUCCACUCAACCAUCCACCUCCUUUUUUCCUUACCGGCUCCCAAGACCGAACUAUUAAGAGGUGGGAUACGUCCAAGCUCGGUGUAACAGCAUCAAAGCCACAUACUCCCAAGGCACUCUAUACUAGGAAAGCUCACGAGAAAGAUAUAAAUGCACUUGAUGUGAACUAUUCAUCAACUUUAUUCGCAUCUGCUUCCCAAGACCGUACGGCUAAGAUAUGGUCUGUGGAGGAUGGCUCAGUUACCGGGGUCCUUCGUGGGCACAAGAGAGGAAUAUGGUCAAUUCGAUUUGCUCCCAAGGAUACUCCUGUUUCUACCACUACCCCUGGGGCAACUAGCAGGGGAAUCAUUGCUACAGGAUCCGGUGAUAAAACUAUCAAAUUAUGGAGUCUUUCUGACUACAGCUGCCUUUUAACAUUCGAGGGUCAUUCUAAUAGCGUAUUGAAAGUGCUAUGGCUUCCACCUCCACGCAUCUCGCAAUCGGAUGAGGACAUAUCUUCUCGAGGAGCUGCACAAACUAGCCCACUCGUCGCCUCUGCUGGCGCUGAUGGGCUGGUGAAGAUAUGGUCGCCAGUUACUGGCGAGGUCGAAACGACACUAGAUAACCAUACUGACCGUGUGUGGGCGUUAGCAACUCCAUGUGCACCAUCCUCUACUACAACUAAUCAGACAAAUUCACCAGAUGGCAGUCUUGAGUUUUCCUUGAUAUCUGGUGCUGCCGAUUCUGUAGUGACUUUCUGGAAGGACACAACAUCUAGCACCUUGUCUGCUGCUGUAAUAGCAAGUUCCGAGCGAAUUGAGCAAGACCAGCAGCUUCAGAACUACAUUCACGCUGGUGCUUACCGCGAGGCAAUAACCCUUGCUCUUCGCUUAAAUCAUCCAGGCAGACUGCUAUCCAUUUUUACGAGUGCCAUCGAUGCGAAUGAUGAUACAGCUGAGAGGGACCCUGAUAACUUGACUGGGAACUCUGACAUCGAUGCAGUUCUCAAAUCAUUAGACCACGAACUAUUAUACAUUCUUCUAAUUCGCCUUCGAGACUGGAAUACGAAUGCCCGAACUGCACGAGUUUCACAGCGCAUACUGUAUGCGCUUUUCAGAUCAUAUCCGUCGUCUACAUUUACUGAACUUGCUGGCCGAAAAAACGCCUUACCAGAUGAUGGCAAAUCAGGAAAAUCUGCUGCUAUGACAGACAUAUUAGAAGCAUUAGCGGCAUAUACGGAAAGGCACUAUAGGAGAAUUGAAGAGCUUAUUGAUGAAAGCUAUCUAGUGGAGUGGGUACUUGAUGAGAUGGACGGAGGAGUUGGAAAUGCCGUUCCAGCACUUAAUGGGAUGGAUGUAGAGGAUGUCAUUAUGGUCUGA